AUGCCUUUAAAAGGAUAUAUUUUAGUAUUAUUCAGCUGGAUAAAGGACACAUUUUCACAGCGUGAUUCAAUUCGAAAAAGUAGAAACACUGUUGGAAUAAAAACUAUUGAAAAGUUUCAAGGAUGUUGUCAAUUAUUAUAUCAUUCCGAUAUAUUUCGCUCAAUAGUGUCAUACGUAUAUUAUAUCAAUAAUUCAAAUGUUCGCGGUUAUGAUCGUAUUCUAUAUUAUUUAGACAAGGUAUCAGCACAUAUGCGCUCACUUGACUUAAUACUGAAAUGUUUAGAGCAACGAAAACUUGAAUAUGGCGAAACAUAUAAAAAUAUACAAUGGUAUUUUAUUAAACCUAUUGAAAAUAUCGUUGAAUUAAACGAAACACCAUCGUCAUCAUUUGACAAAAUAUGGUCAGCAUGUGGUUUACCUGAUGAUCAAACAAAAGUUGAUUUCAAAUGUGAAUAUAUUAAAGAUAAAUUUGAUACAUACGAUUCGACUUUAAAACUAUCAACGUGUUUACAUUGUGAAAUUAGAAUAAUAGAUUAUCUAAUCGAAAACAAUAUACAUGAAGUUAGAGAUAAUGAUAUAGAGAUUGGAGUAGCAAAACUAUCAUGUUAUCCUUGUUCAUUAUACAUUGAAAAGUUAAAUGCCAAAUACGAUCGAAAUUUUUGUGUUGCUGUUUUAACAACUCGUGGAAAAAUUUAUGCUAAAUGGGCAUUUAGAAAUAAUGAAGAUGAGAUUAUAUAA